AAUAUGAUGAGAAAAAUAAAGGCUCAAUCAAUAAGGAAUAUGAUAAGGAAAGUGAAGGUCUGAUCAAUAAGGAAUAUAAUAAGAAAAAUGAAGGCUUAAUUAAUGAGGAUGAUGAGAAAUAUGACAAGGAAAAUGCUAUAGAUCCAUUAAACAUACAAAGUGAUGAUAUAUUAAAAGAGAAAUUUUCUGAUUUUGAAGGGUUUGAUGAUGAAUAUAGUCCAUAUUUUUCAAACUUUACAUCAGCCAUAAUGUUUUUUUAG